AGCUCCUGCAGUAACGGUCCUUUUCUCCCCUGGGCCUUACGUUUACUUUUAAAGGGUGACCUCAAGCCUUGGUCAAGCUCGGACAGACCCCGCGAUUCCGGAGAAAAUCUCAGAAGCACAGACCCGAAAUAAACAACUGAGAGGGGAGGGGGAGCUGGCGAGGCGAGGCAACCUCCCGCCCCUGACAAGCAAGCGGGCCGCGGGAGGGCCCCCCGUCCACUCAAGAGGGCUGAGGACGAUAAAUUUCCAGCAGCGUGUCUCCACUCCCACAGACGCGAACCUCCAAGAGCAGCCACGGCCCAAGCCGACUCAUCGCGAGGUAUCACGGGAAAUCUCGCCGUUGUUAUCGCGAGAGCAGUACCAGCACCAGCACCACCCCACCACCCGGGUCCUAGUUGAAAACGCUUCCGUUCCAUUGCGCAAGCGCAGUUCUGCCACGCCCUUAAUUUUCGUGAGCACACGUCGGUGCGACGUCCUGACGCCCAGGGAAGGCUGCCAACGGGAGCGCGCCUGCACUUCCUUCCCGUCCCCUGGUCAAUUCUGAGUUUCGCUUCCGGUUCCUCGCUUCCGGUUCCCGUAGUUAUCCUUCCGACUGGGAAGCCGGUGGCUCGGGAAGGCUAAAACCCUCAGUUCCCGUCCGGAUUGGCCGCUCCCGGGGCGGCAGAGGUCCGUGGGCUGGUGCCGCGCGGCCUGAGGGCGGCGCGCUCCCUCUCAGCAUGGCCCGAAACGCAGAAAAGGCCAUGACGGCCUUAGCAAGAUUUCGCCAGGCUCAGCUGGAAGAGGGGAAAGUAAAGGAGCGAAGACCCUUCCUUGCCUCAGAAUGUACUGAACUGCCUAAAGCCGAGAAGUGGAGACGGCAGAUCAUUGGAGAGAUCUCAAAAAAAGUGGCUCAAAUUCAGAAUGCUGGUUUAGGUGAAUUCCGGAUCCGCGACCUGAAUGAUGAAAUUAACAAGCUGCUGCGAGAGAAGGGACACUGGGAGGUCCGGAUCAAGGAGCUGGGCGGUCCUGACUACGGGAAAGUUGGCCCUAAGAUGCUGGACCACGAAGGGAAGGAAGUCCCAGGAAAUCGAGGUUACAAGUACUUCGGAGCAGCGAAAGACCUGCCCGGCGUCAGAGAGCUGUUUGAGAAAGAGCCCCUUCCUCCUCCACGAAAGACGCGCGCCGAGCUCAUGAAGGCGAUCGACUUUGAGUACUACGGCUACCUCGACGAGGACGACGGCGUCAUCGUGCCCUUGGAGCAGGAGUGUGAGAAGAGAUACAGAGCCGAACUAGUGGAGAAGUGGAAAGCAGAGCGAGAGGCCCGCCUGGCCAGAGGAGAGAAGGAGGAGGAGGACGAGGAGGAGGAGGAGAACAUCUACGCUGUGGCCGAGGAGGAGUCCGACGAGGAGGGCGGCCCAGACAACGGCGGGGAGGACGGGCAGCAGAAGUUCAUCGCGCACGUGCCGGUGCCAUCGCAGCAGGAGAUCGAGGAGGCGCUGGUGCGCAGAAAGAAGAUGGAGCUGCUGCAGAAGUACGCCAGCGAGACGCUGCAGGCCCAGAGCGAGGAGGCCCGGCGGCUCCUGGGCUGCUAG